AUGAUACCUUUACAAGUAAAAGUAAAAAGCGAUGGCAAUAAUACCACCAGUUUAUCUUUUAGCGAUGAUGUAUUAUUGUUAGAACAGAAAAAGAACUCUGGCGUUACGAACAAACCGAUCAAAAUAUCUGCUAGAUAUAUUCUUUCUGUUUAUCUUGAUAAAUCAAAAGAAGUUCGAAUAAUAAUAAAAGCAUUAAUUCCACAGGGAAAGUUAAUAUUAAAAUUAGAUACAUUUUCUUUUGAGGUUAUCGAUGAAGAAGCUGCCACAUUAUGGAUUAAAGCAAUAAAUGACGCCGUAUAUAAAGAUACGAAAAAAGCAAAACAUCUUAAAAUAUUCGUCAAUCCUUUUGGUGGAGCUGGUAAAGCUGAAAAUGAUUUCAAUCAAUCCGUUAUGCCAAUAUUUGACGCAGCAGGAUGUACAUGUGAAAUUACUAUAACAGAAUAUUCGGAUCACGCUAAAGAGAUUAUAAAAGAUUUAGAUUUGAAGGCUUACGACGCUAUUGUUACGGUUAGUGGGGACGGUAUAAUUCAUGAAGUUAUCAACGGACUUUUAUCACGCGAUGACGCACUUGAAAUUGAUACUCCGAUUGGAGUGAUUCCCUCAGGAAGUGGGAAUGGGCUAAGCUUCUGCCUCUUGGGUAAUGAUCAUGGUAAUAGCGUGUCUCACGCUGCUCUUAACAUAAUAAAAGGUGUUCCAAUGAAAAUCGAUGUAUGUUCAGUCACACAAGGGGACGAAAGAUAUUAUUCUUUCAUGUCACUAAAUUAUGGAAUUAUUGCUGAUUGUGAUUUAUCAACUGAACACUUGAGAUUUAUGAAAGAUUUCAGAUUUGUGAUUGGCGCUUUACAGGCAUUGUUAGCGAAUCGUAAAUAUAGUUGCGAAAUAGCAAUGAAAAUUGUUGAAGAUAAUAUUGACAAUAUUAGACAAGAAUAUAAUAAAAUCUAUAAUUCUUCAUCAUCACACGUUGAAGACAAAUCGAAUGAAGUUGAAGAUAAAUCAAAAGGGAUAGUAGACAAAUAUGGAAGCGUAAAUGAUCCAAUUCCAUCAGAUUGGACAGUAUUGAAUGAUGAUGGAUAUAUUUUCAUCGCAGGGAAAGUUCCAUGGUUAUCUAGAAGUCAGAUUGUAUUUCCUUGUGCAUUACCAUCUGAUGGACUUUUAGAUCUGAUGAUAGUUAAUUGGGAUAAAAUAUCAAAACUGAAAGUCGCAAAUAUAUUGGCUUCAUUUGAACAAGGAGCUCAUAUUAAUAUGAAAGAGGUUAAAUAUUAUAAAGUAGCGGCCUUACGAUUAACUCCAAAAAAUAAAGACACGGGAUAUAUUAGUAUUGAUGGGGAGAAAGUUCCAUUUAAACCUUUUCAAGUUGAAGUUCAUCCUAAAUUAAUAAACGUAUUAAAUAUAGAUGGAAAAUAUGCUCCAACGAAUGUUUAAUUAAUUUAAAAAAAAAAUGGACAAUAAUUAUAUAGAAUGUACUGUAUUUUUAGUAUAAAUUAUUGUUUUUUUUAUACAUGUAAAAAAAGAAUUAAUUAUUCAUUUCAAUUCAAAGAACAAAUCAUAUAUGCACAUAUAAAUUAUUUGUUAUAUUUAGAAACACAAAUAUGAAACACAAGUGAAACAAAUAUAAUGAACAUAUGACGAUCUUGUGAUUGUAAUGUGAUACAACUAUUAUGUUAUUGUUAAGAUAAUGUACCAACAAAUUACCGAAUUUAGAAUAUGACCCCCCUAAAAAUCUUGAG